CCCGAUCACAAAACCCAAAUUCCGAAACCCCCUUUCUUCUCCAAUGCCGGCCGCCCUCCGCGCCAUCCUCGCGUCGUCGACCCCUCUCGCGGAGCGCGCGAUCCCCUCAGCACAAGCCCUCCUCCUCACCUCCGGCCUCGCCGGAGACGCCGCCGUCCUCGCGCAUUUCGCCAGGCACCUCGUCUCCGCGACACGCGCGCCCGCGGACGCCAUCCACGCGCUGCUCCGCCUCCGCCCACGCCCGCGCUGCGCGCACCCGUUCAACGCUCUCAUAUCCCACCUCACCCUGUCCGGCGACCCCUCCGCCGCCUUCCGCGUCUUCGCGGUCCUGGCCGCGGGCGGAGACGCCGGGCGGCCCGACGGGUACACGCUCCCCGCCGCGCUCAAGGCGUGCGCGCGGCUCCGUGGCGGCCUCCGCGAGGGCCGACAGGCGCACGCGGUCGCGGAAAAGGGCGGGUUCCUGGGGCGCCUGCCAGUCCGGAACGCGCUGGUCACGCUCUACGGGGCGUGCGGGGAGUGUGGCGACGCGAGGAAGGUGUUCGAUGAAAUUGCGAGGCCGGACGUCGUGUCCUGGACGGCACUUGUGUCUGCGCUCGUCAGGGGAGGGCGGUUCGCGGACGCUCUCAGAUUAUUUGGCGAGAUGGAUGUCGCACCAAACGAGGGGACACUGGCUAGCACGCUCGUCGCGUGCGGGAGGCUGGGGGAUGCGCGGUCCGGGAAGGCCGUGCAUGGGUGGUAUCUCAAACGGGAGAAGGAGAUGAAAGUCAUUGUUGGAAACGCAGUGUUAGAUAUGUAUGUCAAGUGCGAGAAGUUGGAUCUUGCAAGGCAGGUGUUUGAUAGGCUUUUGGCAAGGGACAUUGUUUCUUGGACGGUCAUGAUAAGUGGUUUGGUGAACUGCAGGCUUCCAAGCGAGGCAUUGGAGCUGUUCAAUGAGAUGCAAACAUCAGGGGUGAAGCCGGACAAGGUUGUUCUCUCUACUGUCCUCUCAGCUUGCGCGAGCUUAGGCGCGCUGGAGUCUGGCAGGUGGGUGCAUCAAUAUAUAGAGCGGAAAGGCAUCGAGUGGGACGUGCAUGUGGGGACCUCAUUGGUUGAUAUGUAUGCAAAGUGCGGGUGCUUGGAGACUUCUCUUUCAGUCUUCCAUAAGAUGCCCAUCAAGAAUGUAUCCUCUUGGAAUGCGUUGAUCAAUGGGUUCGCACUGCAUGGUCAUGGCAGGGAAGCCCUUGAGUGCUUUGACAGGAUGGUGGCUUCAGGCUUGCCCCCCAACGAAGUCACCUUUAUAAUCGUCCUCGGUGCAUGCUGCCACACUGGUUUGGUGCAAGAAGGCCUCCUGUUGUUUGAGUCGAUGAGAAAUGAAUACAAUCUCUCGCCAUGGGAAGAGCAUUACGGUUGCAUGGUCGAUCUUCUUGGCAGAGCUGGGCUCAUCCAGGAAGCAUAUGGUUUAAUUAAGGUCAUGCCUAUGAAGCCUGCUGUGUUCACGUGGGGAGCCCUGCUGAGUGCAUGUCAGGACCAUGGGCGAGUUGAUUUUUCACAGCAGAUUCUUAGGAAUGUUCAUGAGUUGGAGUCCUCUGGGAGUGGCGUUUAUGUACUCCUCUCAAAUGUAUAUGCAGUGAAUGGUAGAUGGACUGACGUAAAGAGGGUGAGAGGGCUGUUAAGCGAAAAAGGUUUGCGGAAGGAGCCAGGAUCCAGUGCCAUUGAGGUGAAUGGUAAGACCACUGAGUUCGUAGUUGGACAGAAGAACCAUCAAGAUAUGGAUGAGAUACGAGCAGUGCUUUCCACACUAAUGAAGCAAAUACAUUUGGAUGGGUUGUAGUUCUUCAGGCAGAUUCUCAGUUUUCAUUGGAGAUUAGAACUUAUGCAUUAAAAAAAUCUACUCUGUCAGUUGGUCGUAGGGGGGCAUACACUUUAUGUGGCUCCGUCUAACUUCUUUGGGUUAAUGGUGAUCAAUCUAACCUUGGCAUGUCUGCGGCAUGUUUAUUUACCAUUGAUUGUUGCCCAUGUGCAUAUGCAUUGUUUUCUCUGGCAUUCAGUCUGAACAGCCAAAUGGUGUACAAAGUUGUCCAUACAUGAUUCAUGGUUGGUACCAGCCAUUACUUCGGUUCUUGAACAUGAUUGACAGUGAAUCUCAGCAUCCUAAAUGGCAGAUGGAGGAAUGGACUCUGACCCUUACAAAGCACUGGAGUAAACUCAGACUGAGUUGCACAUUAACCAGGCAAGGCAAAAAGUUGCCAAGCAUUAUAAAAAUCAGAUAGAGUUGAGACUGGUAGAGUUUCUGCCAUGCACUUAACUGCACCAAGAGAUAUGCACAGCUAAAUAUACCAGCCUUGUAAAGACUGCUGGGGAUUAGUCUGUGAAGUUAUCUUGAAGCCUAGGAGGCCUGAAGCUUUCUGAAGGAAUAUCAUAAGGAAUUUGAGAUAUCAUUAGUUUUUGUGUUCCGCAUCCUGCACUUAACUUGUUAACUGAUCAAAGGUAUCUGCUUUUGAACAUGACGGGGACAGUUGUUGGAUAUGCCGUAAUUAUAUAUUCCUCACUAAAGAAGAAGAGAAAGUGUUGUUGAAGAGGAUGGACAGUAAUGGUUUCCAUAUUUAUCUGAUGUACCGCCUGCCUCCACAUCCAUUCUCCCUUUGGCAAUUGAAGAACACUGCUGCCACUGGAGGUCCAAGAGAAUAAAGUGCUGAGAAGUCUCUUGUAUUGAAAUUUUGUCUCCAUCCUGGUGCAUAUAUAGUUUGCUGGACAGAUUGACGGAAGAGUACAAACGCAAAGCGAUGUAUUCCUGCAGUUGGUUUUGGGCUUUCAUAACUGACAACUUCAUUUCCUGCAACAAAAUGUGCACUAACAUGUUAACAUAGGUCAUUCUAAUAUGUAAAUUCGAAGAAAUUUCUGCCAUGAAUUGGUGUGAAAGACAGGACAAUGUGCUGCUUACUAUCCAGGAACUUUCUCUGCCUCUUCCUCAACAAUAGUAGUAGGCAAAUGGGAUGAGUACGCAUCAACAAGUCAGUAUUUUCCAACGUUAUGUUUCGUCGUGGUAUACAAGUUAGAGACAAUACUAUAAAUUAUUUUAUGUUAAUGGUAUUGCAUCCAGGAUCAACAAAUUAAUAUGAAUGGCAAAAGACGUUUUUAUGAUUGGUUGGGAAUAUUAUGAUACUACGACAAUAUAAAGUGGUUACUGGAUUUCUAUUGACACCUGUUCAUUUGACGUCUCCCAAUAUAAUUGUCUUGAUAGUGCUGCAAUUGGGUAGAGUCUUUUGAAGCAAAUUAGUGGUACAGGUGUAUGGCUUAUUUUGAUGCAUCCCAACAUCUAGAAUACAGAAUCAGCUCUUGUUCAUCCUUUAAGAAAUAGAGUGGUAGUUUAGAUGAUGAGGUGGCAGAUUGAAUUUUUAAUAGACAUAUUCUCCAUUAUGAUUGUUCAUUACUCUUUCAAGUGAGAUCUAGCUCAGGGGACUAAAUGCUCAGAGAAGCAUAAUGUGACUAAGGUACCACGGUUGAGUUUGGAAUGACUUUUUUGCACAUUGAUUUUUCUGCUCGAAGAAUUGAUGUACUUUGGACAGUUGUUCUAGACUUAGUGUUAUAAACAACUGGAUUUUAUUGGUUAUCUGUGUAAUAGAUGAACUAGGAACCAUAGACCAAGAAAUUCUUUUGUUUUUGAUCCCAAUUUUUUUUACCAUACGGUGUUCCUAUAGUUUUCUAACGUCAUCCCUCAUACCUUGCUAUGUGUUCCAAUGAAUUUGAGGUUAGCUGCACCCCAUAAGGGCAUUGUGUCACUUAACUAAUAUCUGUAUACCAUUAAACCAGAAGCUCCUUGAGUCACUUGGGUGACUAAGGGCCUGUCUAAGGGUACAAGCUUGCAUGCCAGACUCAAAGAUUCAUUCAAGGGCCAUUGAUUGUGAUGUAUAACACACAUGUGCUGCUGGUAGAUUCUCUACGAAGUUGGUCGUACUCCGUACAUCUCCCCCAGAUUGCCUAGUAGAAUAUGGUCUCUAAGGAGCAAGGUUAUGUAGCUUCAUAUGAACGAGCAGACACAAAGACGCAAUUUUUUUUUCUCUUUGGCAUAUCCGUCCAGACUGUCCUAGCUUUUUUGAUAUUGUGAUCUGCGAAAUACGGUGUCCUAAUUUUUCUGUCAUAACAGGAAUAUGUCUGCACGGCUGAUACACUUUAGGUAAAGAGAAGACGGAAAGCAUAGAUAAGCUCUAAUAUACAUUUGUUCCUGACAAAUAGGGUCCAUGGAAUCCCAACUUAUUCUUGUUAUUUGCACCCUGGCUUUUAUGUCUUCUGAUAUCGUGUUCCCACUUGCAGAGCGCAGACCUCUUGAGCUGUACUGAAGAAUCCUCUGUGAUUUCUCAUAAUCAUUGACGUAAAGGUUCCAGAAAUUGGCGAGGAAGCUCACAAGUCACAACCAGCCUUCAUAUAGCAUUUGGAGCAAAGGAAAACGAACAACUGUAAGGAAAAGGCACGGAGCAGGAAAGGCAAAGAGCUGAGUUACGUGGAAGAAGCGAACGUCAGGCUUGAGUAAAGAAUAAUCCGUGGACCUAACUGUAGCUGGCAUGAUAAUCUUGACUGGAGAUGGAAGAGAACAAUGCGCCAUCCCCCUUUAACGUGGCUCAGCAUCCCAUUCGGCCUUCACCCGCGGCCGAUGGGACUCGCCGAAAUAAUGGGUCGCCGCUGUCGCCGGCCGGCCGGAAUUCUAGAAAUGGACUACUGAGAAUCGCCGGGACAUGAUCGUCAGAAUGCUAAGCUGCCGAAAACGGCAGAAAAGAUUGUUCUCCUGCCAUUGGCUCGUUCGGAUCAGAAAACGACACUUGUUCGUACCGAAAAUCAUUGUCCGGAUUGUUCUUCUCCGUGCCAUUGGCUCGCUGGAUCAGAAAACGACGCUAGUUUGUACUGAAAAUCGUUAUCUCUGCUGGGAUACAUGGAUAUCGAUUGAUGGCAAAGAAAACGUACGUACGUGGACAGCAACUGUCCUCUAGCUGAGGUGUGGCCUACAGUGUCACCAGCCGAGCUCGAAUCAUUUUCGGAUCAAAGUCAAAUGCUUAUAUUCUUAUAAUGAGUAGUUUAUUAUUA